GAGCCCCGAGGCUGCCCCCAACAGAGAUGGCGGCCGGGGCUUCUGUAAGGGCUGGCUGAUUCUUAACACCCGGGUGAGCCUACAGCGGGGAGAGAAGAGUGAGCAGCUCGCGAGGAUGGAGGAGGAGGGCGGCAGCAGCUGCGGCACGGGCACCGGCACGGGCACGGGCACGGGCACCGGCGGCACCGGGAGCACUGGCGGCGGUGGCACGGUCAGCGGAGGCUUGCAGCAAAGGGAGCUGGAGCACAUGGCAGAGAUCCUGGUCACCGGGGAGCAGCUACGGCUCAGGCUACAUGAAGAAAAAGUGAUUAAAGAUCGAAGACACCACCUCAAGACAUAUCCAAAUUGCUUUGUGGCCAAAGAGCUAAUUGACUGGCUGAUUGAUCGAAAAGAAGCUUCUGAUAGAGAGACAGCUAUUAAACUAAUGCAAAAAUUGGCAGACCGGGGAAUUAUUCAUCAUGUGUGUGAUGAGCAUAAGGAAUUCAAGGAUGUCAAACUCUUCUACCGCUUCAGGAAAGAUGAUGGAACCUUCCCUUUGGAUAAUGAAGUGAAAGUAUUCAUGAGAGGACAGAGACUGUAUGAAAAGCUGAUGAGUUCUGAAAACACACUUUUGCAGCCAAGGGAGGAGGAAGGCAUCAAGUAUGAGCGAACCUUCAUGGCCUCCGAGCUCCUCGAUUGGCUGGUUCAGGAAGGAGAGGCCACCACAAGGAAUGAAGCCGAGCAACUUUGCCAUAGGCUUCUGGAGCACGGGAUCAUCCAGCAUGUGUCUAAUAAGCACGCUUUUGUGGAUAGCAACCUUCUCUACCAGUUUAGAAUGAAUUUCCGUCGGAGAAGAAGGCUAAUGGAACUGCUCAAUGAACGAUCUCCCUCCUCCCAGGAAACCCAUGAUAGUCCCUUUUGCUUGAGGAAACAGAACAGUGACAACCGAAAACCCACCAGUUUUAUGUCAGUGAGCCCAAGCAAGGAGAUCAAGAUCGUGUCUGCGGUGAGGAGGAGCAGCAUGAGCAGCUGUGGCAGCAGUGGUUACUUCAGCAGCAGCCCAACCCUCAGUAGCAGCCCACCAGUGCUCUGCAACCCCAAGUCAGUAUUAAAGAGACCAGUCACUUCUGAAGAACUCCUGACCCCUGGGGCUCCAUAUGCAAGAAAGACUUUCACUAUUGUUGGUGAUGCAGUGGGAUGGGGCUUUGUUGUAAGAGGAAGCAAGCCAUGUCACAUACAGGCUGUGGAUCCCAGCGGCCCAGCAGCUGCAGCUGGUAUGAAGGUCUGUCAGUUUGUGGUUUCUGUGAAUGGCCUCAACGUCCUGCAUGUUGACUACCGGACCGUGAGCAAUCUGAUUCUGACUGGCCCUCGCACUAUCGUCAUGGAAGUUAUGGAAGAGCUGGAAUACUAAGGAGGAGACUUCCCCCUUUCACCACUGUAUCAGACAAAUAGGAUCAUAACUACCUGCAACGAGUAACACAACACAAUGCAAAGGAAAAGCUGCCUUCCCCACUUAAAUGGGUGGCGGUGACCAUUUAUGUCUCCCUUACUCCCUUCAGUUUACUUUCAUAUGUGAUUUAAAUGUGGAAGUGCCCUUUAAGAAAUCCAUCCUUCUUCUCAUUUAGGACACUGGACUUACUAUCAUAUAGUGCCACCUACUCCAUGUCCUUUCAGUGUUUGUCAUAGUUGUAUUCUUUUCCUUUUAUGUCUUUUCUAUUUUAGAAAGAAAGUGAAGUUUUUCUCUCUCCAAACUUCAAAAUGCCAAAAAUUCCCAUGAGUGAUGGAAUGUACUUAUAUAAGUUCUCAUUUCAAAAUCUGAGUGAAAUCAGCAUGAAUUAGUGUAGUAGCACUGAUAAAAAUUCAAUGAACCUCAUAUCAAAGUGAUACCUGCAGGGCCCUUAAUAAACUAUGUGCCAACUUUUUAAAGAAAUAGAUUGGAAGCAUUGAUGUGUCUGAAACCCACCAGAAUCCCAUUUGGUCUCUCUGCCAUUGGCAGUCAGCUUUUUAUUUAUAACAUGCUUUUCAAUAUGAAAUGGAAUAAAAACUUUUGUAAUUUUUUUUAAAGCAUUUCUUAAAAUAUUCUACAACUCUCAGAAGGUACAUUACCCUUCAGGGGCUGAGUGAUUGUAGAAACUACAGUCACUUUUUUUGCAAUUGAUCCUAAAUCCAUUGAAUGUAUAUA